GGGGGGCAGGUAGCCAGCAGCAGGUGGACAAGAGAUGGAGGCGCGGCGAGAGCGCAGGAAGCGAUGUGACUAAGCGGCCCUGGUCCUGCGUCGCCGUGGGUGGAGUUUGCGCGUCAAGUCGGAAUGCUGGUUGCAGUAGUUGGACUUUUGUACCUGGUCAGUGGACGCACGGUGCGCAGCCAGGAUGCCACAGGUAGCCGCUUCGUCUGCAACGCCAUCCCCCCGGGCGCGGAGCCCGGCUGCGGGUACGAUCCCACGGUGAACCGUGUCCAGAGCAGCAGCCCCGUGGAGGACGAGCUGCGGAUCACGAUCAUUCAGCUGCGAGAGACUAUCCUGCAGCAGAAGGAGACCAUCGUGAGCCAGCAGGGGACCAUCAAGGAGCUCAACUCCAAGCUGGUGCGCUGCGAGGCGUCAGCCGACGAGUCGCCACAGGGCAAGUCCCGAGGUCAUGGCUCCAGACGGAAGGAAUACGGCAAGAACACCAUGGGGGAUCUGCCCCGGGACCCCGGUGAUACCAUUGACCAGCUGGGCAAGACCAUGCAGAGUCUAAAGGGUCGGCUGGAGAAUUUAGAGAGUUUGCGUCUCCCCAGCACCAACGUGUCAGCUGGAGUGGCCUCGGCUCUGUCUCCACUACCACAAGAGCUGCGGGAGCUGCUGCGGCAGCGUCUCGGGGCCCUGGAGAGCCAGCUCCUCCGGAAGGUGGCCGAUCUGGAGCAGGAGAAGAGCCAGCUCUACAAUGAAACAGCGGCGCACCGCCAUCGCACGGAGAGCGCCCUCAACUCCCUGCUGGAGAGGAUCACGGAGCUUGAGAAAAGUAACAAUGCCUUCAAAUCACCCGAGGAUUUCAAAGUCUCCCUCUCUCUUCGCACUAACUACUUGUACGGACGCAUCAAGAAGAGCCUCCCGGAGAUGUACGCCUUCACCGUGUGCAUGUGGCUCAAGUCCAGCGCCAGUCCCGGCAUAGGAACCCCAUUCUCCUAUGGAGUGCCCGGCCAGGCCAACGAGAUAGUCCUCAUUGAAUGGGGGAACAACCCCAUUGAGCUACUUGUUAAUGAUAAGGUGGCCCAGCUCCCUCUGUCCGUGAGUGACGGACGCUGGCACCACAUCUGCAUCACCUGGACCACCAGAGACGGUUUCUGGGAGGCUUACCAGGAUGGCGAGCGUCUGGGCACCGGGGACAACCUGGCCCCCUGGCACCCAAUUAAACCUGGAGGGGUGAUCAUCCUGGGCCAGGAGCAGGAUAUAGUUGGAGGUCGCUUCGACGCCACGCAGGCCUUUGUGGGCGAGCUGAGCCAGUUCAACAUGUGGGACCGAGUUCUCCGGCCAGUGGACAUCGUGGGUUUGGCCAACUGCUCCGCCUACAUGCCGGGCAACGUGGUUCCUUGGAUUGACGUGAACGUGGAGGUGUUUGGUGGUGCAAGCAAAGCUGCCCUGGAGAUCUGUGAAGAUCGUGCUUUCGAUUCCUAAAGGGUGUGAUGUAAGGAAAUGCAUCGUCGCCGUGGUAAUCGAGAGGCCAGGAAGUCGGGCUGUUUGUCGUUGCAGUGAAAUCCCAAAGAAAAGGGUACCAGUGCAACACGUUUACAUAUUCAUAUGCUCCAUCGAAUUUGAACCUUGAAGACAUUAAAGGAGAAUUUAAAUUGAUGUGCUCCUCAGAAGAAGAUAUGCUGUUGCAUCAGUUUACUGUAAUGAUAUGACUUUCUGUCAUUCUGUGCUUUUCCUCCAGUAGAUCAGCUUUCAUUUGACGUCCCCUUAAAAAAAGAAGAAAAAAAAGCUCUUUUUGGUUGCAUUUCCUAUACUGACAAUACUGCACUGUAUCCGUAGUGAAUGUGAGCUCAAACAGGCUUUGAUGUGAUGUGGAACAGUAUUACUGAGUUACGUGAUGGACUACAUGCUGCGAGCUGUGAGCCUCCUGCUACAGUGGAAGAGAGACGUGACGCACCGAGGGCGCGGGGAAAUAAGGCGGACGCUCAUGAGUUCAGAGUGGAACAACCUUCACGUUGAUUACUAUAAAAAAUGACCAAACCUCUCAGCGCAUGCUUUCUGUCAAUAAACGGUGUGCGUGGUCCAUCCAAAACAGGCCAAUGCAGCGUGCUGACACCAUUACGCAAGAGUGUGUGUGUGUGUGCGUGUGUGUGUGUUCAUGGGCAUAUGGCUUGUCUUGCGUGUAAAAUGACCAGAGAUUACACGGGAGGGAGGGAGGACAUUUUUAUUCUUGUAAAUCUAUGCUUAAUACCUCUCUGCCCCUUGAGCAGCUGCCACAUCCAAAAACAGCUUUGUGGCCGGCCGCGCUCAGGUCGAUAGGGAUGACGGACGGCAGCCCGGGACUUGCGUAUCGAUGUGACCAGUGAGGGCAGGGACCGGGCCUGACCCUGCUAGGACAAUCCUUAAUUCCUCAUCAGGCUGGUGAUUGUGUUGAUUGUGGUGAACGAGUACGCGGGGGGGG